GUCAUGAAAGGGAGCAUCACAGCUUCAGCGGUGACAUGGCAGCCCUCACACGGGUCACUGAAACAGUGGCCAUGGCGGAGGAAGCUGAACGGGUAACAGACGAAGAAUGUGGUAUGCAGAAGAUGUAUAAGUGUGAUGUGUGUGACUACACCAGCUCGACAUAUGUUGGAGUGAGGAACCACCGCAGGAUUCAUAACUCUGACAAGCCUUAUAGGUGCUGUAGCUGUGAUUUUGCCACCACUAACAUGAACAGUUUAAAGAGCCACAUGAAGAGGCACCCUCAGGAGCACCAGGCCGUGCAGCUGCUGGAGCAGUACCGGUGCUCUCUGUGUGGCUAUGUGUGCAGUCAUCCCCCGUCCCUCAAAUCACACAUGUGGAAGCACGCCGGAGACCAGAACUACAACUACGAGCAAGUUAACAAAGCCAUUAACGAGGCCAUCUCCCAGAGCAGCCGAGCUCCUCAGAAGUUGUCAGCAGUGUUGGAGUCGAUGGCAGAGCGUGCUGUGGUGGCCCCGCCCUCAAAGGACAGAGCAAAGGGCCCAGUGGAGCCACCCCCAGCACCCACAUCAGUGACGACAACAACAACAGCAGCAUCUGGCCUGGCUGUGGACAGCUCAGCGGGCUUACCCACACCCAUCCAGGACCCCUCACAGUGGCCGGGUGAAUCUCUGAGCCCACAGGGGAAGGAGCCUGCACAGCUCCAGUCCCAGACCCAGCCACGCACAGGCCAGGCCCACAUCCCCGGCCCCGGCAUGGAAUACUGCGUGCUCUUGUUCUGCUGCUGUAUCUGCGGCUUUGAGUCGACCAGCAAAGAGCGACUGAUGGAACACAUGAAGGAGCACGAGGGCGACAUCAUCAGCAUCAUCCUCAACAAGGAGCAGCAGCAACCAGAAGCACAAGUCGGCCUCCAAACAGCAGAGUGAGAGCCCCCUCCCUCUCUUUUCUAUUAACACUGACCCUUCACUCUUACAACCAUCUGCUGCCAACAAAAGUAUUUCACUCUUGUUUCUUUACCUCAAGGUGGUUCAGUGGAUAAAAAGGUGUAAGCAUUUCACAUCUAUUGUACUAUAGCAGCUCAUUGUCAUUACUCAGAAUGUUCUCUGGUUAGGUUGGUUGUGGUGUCCAAGGGUUAAAAAUGCUAUUCAACGCAGACUCCUUGAAUGGGUGUCGAGAAAACAUAUGAAAUUAUUUUCUGAGUGGCAUAUCCUUCAAAAGGAAUGUAAAAAAAAAAGCAUAUAUAAUGAAAACAAUGUUAUAAUCCAUUAAAAAGACGCAAAUGUGUCUGUAGGGAAUUUAUUUCAGUUUCAAGGGACAAGCCUGAGUUCGAAUCCAAGUCUAUUUUUCAAUACACAGGGACAAGUUCAUACCUCACAAAACCAUACAAUCCCUCAGUAAAAGUGGAAAGAACAGAUUCACAUAUUUUCCAGUCUAAUUCAUAUAUUGACCGUAAGGCAGCUCUUUUAUUGCUACUGUAAUAUUUAAUGUAUUUGAUGCAACACGGUUGAGGCUCUAGCCUAGUUAAGGAGGUACGUGUUCACACUCACCAAUGCCUAAAGGCAUGGAUCACAGCUUGAAUAUAGUUUAAUAUUUAUCCGUUUAUUUGUAUGCAUGUUUCUUUUAUGCCAUUUAAAGAGGCAAAUGUUAAUAAUUAUUUGCAUUUUUGUAUGUAUGAGUGACUGUAAUUUUACCUGUUGGGUGGUUUAUAAAGAAAAGUAGCGUCUUUAGAGAAGACGGUUGUAGUUUUCAAAGGAGGAGCGGAAGUUGACCAGAGCAAAGUGGAAAUGAUUGUAGUCUCCCGACGACAGUUAUGGGUUCAAAGGGAUAGUUCAUAAUUUUUGAAGUGAGGUUGUAUGGGGUGCUCACCGGUAGUCAGUGUGUUUCAUACAGUAGAUGUCAGUCGGCACGCCCCCAGUUUGGAGAAGCAGGCAGGAGUCUGAAACGAAGCUAAGCAACGUACUCCUGUGGAUGGGACCAGCAGCAAAAACUAUUGUAGACACCUAAGAAAAAAUGAUAUCAGUUCAAGUAUACGUUACAUAGAGAGAAUUUUCAGUGCUUAACCUUUCCGUCUGACACUCUGCUCUGACAGAGAAGCCAUUAACUGUUUGCGUUCUCCAUCCAUGCUCGCAUCAAGGCCACCAGAUUUCAUUGACCAAAACAGUUCUUUAGCUCGCUGAACACAGGAGCUGCUGGUCAACUGCUGCUUCAGUUAGCUGGUUAGUGUUAUUCUAUGGCUAUGGUGAAUCCAAACUAACCAUUUGAACCAUUUGGAACAUGAGCAAGUAAGUUUUAUUUCUUUCAAACACACAGGAAGACGUUGCAAGCUAUUAGUUACAAGAAAUUUACCUGGAAUUUAGCAUAAAAAAGAAAAUAGAAAAAAAAAAUUAAAAUAACCCCAAACAAAAAACUAAAUAGAUCAUAUAUUUAAUAAUAAUUAAAAUAAUCAUCAUCAUAAAUAUAGUUCUCUGGAUAGUUUUCCCUAUAUUUAAUUCCCCUCUUCUUUUUAAAACUAAUUUGCAGGUCAAUUUCUUAAUUUCUUGUCACCUUUUCCUGAUUUCUUGCAAUUUUUGGGAUAUCUCUUUCCAAGUUACUCAUUUCCUUUAUAGCUAUGUUAUAAAAUAAAGAAAGAAAGAAACAGAAGAAACAAAAAAUAAAACAAAAUUAAACCAGUUUUCUCAGUUUUAAAGGUUUAAACGCAUGUGGGAGAUGGCAUUCCAGGUUUCAAAGGGUUAGACAAACAGCUCCUGUGUUGAGCAAUGUAAAAUUACUUUUAUUCUCUCAAUAUAGUGUGGCCUUGAAGAGAGGGAUAUAACAGUUUCAUUUUCCCAUUGGAAAUCAGUGUGACAUUAAGGUACAGCAGUGAAAAAGCUCAUUAUAGCAAACACUUGUGUGACUUUUUUUUAGGUGGUUAAGAUCAAUUUUGUUGCUGGCCCCCAUCCACAGCAGUACAUUGCUUAGCUUUCAUGUUGGACACCAGCCUGCUUCUUCAAUCUGGGGAGCCUGCUGUGCGAUAUCUACUGUUUGUAAUAUACUGUUUAUGGAUAUGUACCCCAUACAACCCCACGUGAAAAAAAUCUGCACUAUCCCUUUAAGGCACGUGGACAAAAGGAAUGUUCCAAAGGGAAGUUAGCAUAGGUAGGGCUGUUAAUUUAAUCGGUGCCUGAAUAUUUGAAAGCAGGAAGAUGUGCUGAAUCACCUGUUUUCACUUGUGAUUGUGGUGCUCGGCUCGCUUUUAGAGUUGUCUUUGAGGGUAUAGCCUGUUUUUUUAAGCCCAUGCAAUUUCCAUUGUAUAUAAUAACAUUUUUAUAAUAACCUUUGCUCUUUCUGUUAGUGUUUUUAAAAUACAAACUUUCUAGUGUCAAACUUGAAAAUGGCCGCUGUUCCAGUUCAACAAACCUGACAUACUAAGACAUGGAUGUGAAAAUAAAGUUUGGAUGGUGAUAUGUUUAUUUCUGAGGUUUAUUGGCACAGUUCUCCUGUGUGCUCUCAUGCGAUUGACGGGAGGCAGGAGUGUAAUACUAUCGUAAUAUCAGAUCUUUCUUGUGAUGGAUUAACUCUGCGUGGAAGUUAUUUUUCAUAAAGAAUGAACAGCAGCAGAUGGCUUUUUUUCUGAAAGGACAAAAAUUGAACCCUAAUAUCUCAGCUAAUGCUGACUGUGCAGAGAAGUGGUUGAAUGUGAGGAUAAUAAUGUAGUCAUCCACAUGCGUGUUCGAAACAACCAAAAUAUGUCUAAAUGUAGAUUCAAACGGUGCCAUUGGGACAUGCUGCCAUCACUGGAGAGCCUUACAGGAAAACAUUCCUGUUUCUGCUGCAAUCUUGCCAAAAAAAAACAUCAGCAUUGCAUCUAAACAUUGAAAUCAGCAGCAAAUUAAACAUAGAUUGAAGAUAAUUCUUUGUGUCUCAAGCGUUGUGUAUCGCACCGUCCCAUCAGGCAGCCAUCAGCAUGUGAUCCACAUACACACGCUGCACACGCUGAGGAAAUUAAGAUAAAAUGGAAUAUCCAUAAUUCAUCUCCCCUGCCUUCUUCACCUGACAUAACAGAGUGAAAUUGUGUCUUCACAUAUGUGUAGCAUCGUGGCUAAAUUAAAUCUCAAAGACCUGGAAUUCUCAUUAUGAGAGACGGGAAAAAUUGUCCGGCUUUUAAUUGACAGGGCCACGUGGCAGAAUUAAGUUGAUAAUGUGUUUAAAUCAAAAACUUAAAUAAAAGUGGGACUUUACUGCUCCUCCUGAACGAUUAACCUGCAUGUAAAUGAGCCGUGAGAAUUAAAUACUGGACAGACCAGACACACCGCAGCCCUCUGCUCUCUGUCCGAUCAUCUGUUAAACUGACAGCUCAGCUUACAGCCCAGCCCCCUCAUCUCUCUGAGCCACCGUACUUACCAUAGUGAGCACACAUUUUUAUUUUCCAAUGAGGUAUUACUACCAAAAAUAGUUUUGAUAAUCUGGCUAAACUGUUGUUUGUUUAAAUUUAUCUGAUUGUGUUUUUUGUUCUUUGGUGCAUUUGGAAAUUUCAUCAUGCUCUAAAAGCUUAAUAGUUGAAUGGUGUGCCACAUAUUUUUGUUACUGUCAGCAAAUCCCACAAAAAGACCAAAACCAACAAUGCAUUACUCCACUGGAACUCAAUUUACAGCCUGCGGGCUACAUUUUGCCAGUGAUAGACUGCAGGGUGGCCUGCAAACAAUUUUCUACUUGACAAUAGACAGCGUUCCAAUAACCCUCAAAUUGCACAAAUUGAAAUUGGAAAUAAAAAAUGCAAAUAGUCCGUUUAAAAACAACUCUGUUUAUCGCAAAAUCGUUUUUGUGCUUGCAUGAGGUGGUACUUCUGACAAUUCGAAAAAGCCAUAUUUUGUAAAACUGCAAUGGAAACACUUUUUUUGGCUUUUCUAGGUCACAUGAUGCUAUGGCUAUGUGCUUGUGCAGUGUCUCUGGGACUGACAUAAACUGCACUGUGGUCGUGUACAAGUGGUACAAGAGCGAAUAUAGAGGAAUACGAUAUAUCAGGCUCUGGAUGCAAAUACAAUAGUAUCACCAGUAGGAUACAUUUGUCGUUGGCUUUGGUCUUUUCACAGGAGUUGUUGAAAAUCAAAAUCCAGGGGUGGUGUACUCAGUUUUCUAACAAAAAGACAUGAUCACCAAGGCUGCAAAAAAAAAUAACAUCUAAGCAGUAAUAAGCUCUCUGAACUCUGGCUGCACGGUGCUGGUGUUCACAAUAACUUGACACUGUAAAGAGCAGCAAAGUCAGCACUGCAGUGUGUCAGCCAGACAUGGAGAAAAAUAACAAGUAGUCAUGAUCUAUGAAUUUUUAUACCGAGCUUUGAUUAUAACAAUAUAGUAUUUUAAGUAAAGCAAAAUGAUGUCCGAUAUCUACGAUUAUUUUAGUAAGUGAAGACCAUACUUGUACUGUAUGGUGGGGCUAAAUAACAUCUUGGGUCGUUCCCCUGGUGGCAGAUGCAUUUAGGUCAAGCAGGAUUUUUCAUGCUGUGAUAUUUUCCAUCUGCUGUCACAAAUUGCAAAAGUGUGUCAACACAGGCAGCAGACACUGCGAGUAUGAAAAGCAAGUGUCUGCUGCCUCUGAGAGCAUUCACCAGAGCAUUCACCACAGUCUGUCAGAUUUAAUUCACACCACAACUACAGAACUUUGUGCCAAAUUAGCUUAUUUAAGAGGAAAAUAAAUGUUUGGAGGUUUUUUGUCUUGGUUUAUUGUGCCUUUCAGUUUGAGGUAUUAUUUGUAUGUAAGCUAAAAUGUUGACCUCUCUGCCAAAACUUCAGUCACAUGUCUGCAUGCUCUUGAUGUAGAUCCAUGUUUUAUUUUCACAUUAGUCAGCUGGUGGUAUUGAGGGCAACUAUUGUGACAUUUCACGUUGUGUAUUAUAUCACACUUAUGUAGGUUUUCCAUAUAAUCCAUUUUGUUUGUUUUAUUCAGCAGUUUUGGCAACACUGAAACAAUAAACCAAGUAUGUGAAACAGCUCUUAAAUUAUUAACAAUGAGCUCAAACACUUUCCUAAUGUAUUUUAAGUGUAUAUAUUGUAGAUGAAUACUGCAGAACCUUAAAACUGACUUUUUUAAAUAUAUAAUCUAUUUUUUAAUGAUCUUGUUAAAAAAAAACCCAAUUGAAACAAAAAAAGUUUUAGAAUGAAUUUUGGCUUGUUCUUAUUUACUCCCAGUCUGUUUGAUGGAUAACUGACAGUUUUAAGCUAAUUAUUGCAAACUGGGCUGCGUGCAUUUAAACCAAAGGAGGCUGAAAAGAUAACAUGUCUGUCCUGAUCAGUGUAUUUUUGCUCAAAGUCAAUUUUGUAAUGCGGUUCAACAUGGAACUGCUUCUGACAACAGUGAGACACUUGCUCUAUGUUUAUUUAUUUUUAGAACAUCAUAGGCAGUAUUAUGUCACUACUUUGCCAUUGUAUUUUUGGUAAUAAAGACUGAGAAGUAAAUGA